CAAGGUUCGCCAUUUGGCUCAGGCCAUGUGAGUGGAGGCCUCCUUUUCAUCCCUACUCUUGAGGCACCGCCCGCGUCGUACCGGGUCGCCAGCGGGGCGCCAUGGGGGACUUCGGCCUUGGCAUCUCUCCUGCGGUGGAAGCUCUGAAGAAGGCGGCUUCCCCCAGAAGCGUCCAUACUGCGCAUCAAUUUCCAGGCGCCGAAGGGCGGCUGACGCCUCUGGAGUUGGAUGCCAACCUGCAGGUCGCAGAGGUCAUGUACCGCAACCUUUUGCUGGGCAAGAAGGUGCAGAUGGACUUCAAUGUGGGCAUGGACAGUUGGUACCGAGAGACUUUCGGAGAGGACUGGGUCAAGAAGAACUUGGCUCAACGCCGAGAGCUCGAGAGACAGGCCAAGGAAACAGGGGAAAACAGCCCCAUGUGGGUGGAAGCAGCUUCAGGCUCAUCCGAUUUGGCCGCUGAAGUGCUGCAACUGGGCCCCACCGGCGGGGAGUGCUUGCGCCGGGACGGCGUAGACCGUGAGGCAGUGCUUGAGCUGCUGUCCUCCCUCUUGGUGAAGGUGCAGAUCUCCCACUACGCACGCUGCGGCGCCGGGGAGAAGCAGAAUGGCUUGAGGGCGAUGGUCGCAGUGAUGUGGCACUUCUAUGCCGAUGCGGAGGUCUUAAGCCUUUGUGCUGACUCUUUGCGCGCAGUGAUCACGAACAAUAAGUACAACUGUGAUAGCUUGCUGGCACUUUGGACUCCAGUGCAUCCACAAGAGCGACAUCACGGUCAAGUCGAGAGGGGUUGGUCGUUCCUGCGCAUUGCGUUCGACGCCUUUGUCUUCCAAGCAGGUGGCGAGGUCCACCCCCGCGCCAGUGCUGCCAGCAACGCCAGCAGCGCGGGCGCGUCACGCGACAAGGAGGUGGCCGUGAAGGUUGCGCGCUGCAUCCUGGCGGCCAAAGGCUCACCAGUCAUGGAGGCACAGCUCCGUUUGCUCAAAGCGACGGCUGAAAGGCCAUGUCAAGAGCAUCGUGAGCUCCAGGAGAUGCUGCCCAAGAUCAUCCAGGUGACCAAAGACCUGGCUGGGAGGCUGAAGGGUAACGAGGUGCUUUCGGAGCUGUUGGCGCUGCUGGAGGCGUGACGAGGCUCAGUCAGGGUGGAGCCAUGGCAUCAUGGAGUAGUUGGUGC